ACGAUGUUCUGGAAGUUCGACUUGAACACUACCUCGCACGUGGACAAGCUGCUGGACAAAGAGGAUGUAACACUGCAGGAGCUGAUGGAAGAGGAUGACCUCCUGCAGGAGUGUAAGGCACAGAACCGGAAACUGCUGGACUUCCUGUGCCGGCAGCAGUGCAUGGAGGAGCUGGUGAACCUCAUCACCCAGGACCCGCCCCUGGACAUGGAAGAGAAGGUCCGAUUCAAAUACCCCAACACAGCCUGUGAGCUUCUGACCUCAGAUGUGCCGCAGAUCAACGACAAGCUGGGAGGGGACGAAACCCUGCUGAACCUUCUGUAUGGCUUCCUGGACCAGGAGCCUCCCCUCAACCCUCUGCUGGCCAGCUUUUUCAGCAAGACCAUCGGCAACCUCAUUGCAAGAAAAACUGAGCAAGUGAUUGUAUUUUUGAAGAAAAAGGACGGCUUCAUUAGCUUGGUGCUGCGGCACCUUGGCACCUCGGCCAUGAUGGAUCUGCUGCUGCGCCUGGUCAGCUGUGUGGAGCCAGCCAGCCUCCGGCAGGAGGUGCUACAUUGGCUUAAUGAAGAGAAGAUGAUUGAGAGGCUUGUGGGACUCAUCCACCCAGGUCAGGAGGAGGAGAGGCAGUCCAAUGCAUCUCAGACCCUCUGUGAUAUCGUCCGGUUGGGCAGAGACCAAAGUGGUCAGCUUCAGGAGAUGGCGGAGCCUGAUCCCCUCCUUGCGGUCCUGGAGUCGCGGGGCUGUGUGGAACAGCUGCUCAGGAACAUGUUCGAUGGAGCCCAGACUGAGAGCUGCUUGGUCCACGGUACCCAGGUGCUGCUGACCCUGCUGGAGCCCCGGCGCACAGGGACAGAGGGCGGCUCACUGGACUCCUUCUCUCAGGGCCUUGAGCGGCCAGCCAGCGUCAGCAGUGGGGUACUGCAGGGCCUGGAGCCGAGGCUCAGGGAUUUCCACUGCCUACUUCUCAGCCCACCCAAGAAAAGCGCCAUCCUGACCACCAUCGGUGUGUUGGAGGAGCCGCUGGGAAACGCACGUCUGCAUGGCGCCCGCCUCGUGGCCGCCCUGCUGCACACAAACACACCCAGUGUCAACCAGGAGCUCUGUCGCCUCAACACCAUGGACCUGCUGCUGGACCUGUUUUUUAAGUACGCCUGGAAUAACUUCCUGCACUUCCAAGUGGAGUUAUGCAUUGCAGCCAUUCUCUCCCAUGCUGCCCGGGAGGAGGGGGCAGAGCCGGCACCCAGGAACGAGACCCCCGAGGACACACUGGUGACCCAUCUGUUCCAGAAAUGCUGCCUGGUCCAGAGGAUUCUAGAGGCCUGGGAGGCCAACGACCACACCCAGGCAGCCGGAGGCAUGCGGCGUGGAAACAUGGGCCACCUCACCCGGAUUGCCAAUGCAGUGGUCCAGAACCUGGAGCGAGGCCCCGUGCAGACUCACAUCAGCGAGGUCAUCCGAGGACUCCCCGAGGACUGCCGAGGGCGCUGGGAGAGCUUCGUGGAGGAGACGCUAACCGAGACCAACCGCAGGAACACUGCAGACCUGGUGAGCACACACCACCUGCACUCCUCCAGCGAGGACGAGGACAUCGACAGCGCCUUCCCCAAUGAGCUGUCCCUGCAGCAGGCCUUCUCUGAGUACCAGCUCCAGCAGAUGACGGCCAACUUUGCGGACCAGUUUGGUUUCAAUGACGAGGAGUUUGCAGACCAGGACGACAAUAUCAAUGCACCGUUCGACAGGGUUGCGGAGAUCAGCUUCAGCACCAACGCAGAUGACGACAGUCCACAUGCAGCACUAUUUGAGGCCUGCUGCAAUGACCGCAUCCAGCCCUUCGAUGAUGAGGACGAUGACAUCUGGGAGGAUGGCGAGCUGAGCCAGUCGGCCCAGGUGACAGCCAGAGCCAGGUUUGGAGCUCCCCAUGCUGCAGAGAGCAGCCCAGAGCCCGGCGGCCACAACGCAGACGUGGACACUCCCCGGGGGGGCAGUCGGAGCCCCAGCCCACCUUCUCCUGUGCAGAAGGAAGUCCCUGGCACAGAGGGUGAUACAGAAGGUGCCCGCUGGACUGCAGUGUUUGAUGAGCCUGUGAGUGCGGCGCCGCAGGCCCCAGGGGCGGCUGUGGACAUCGGCUCCAGUGUCUGGACGGUCCCCUCACCCGCGGCCUCAGCACCAGAGGAGAAGGGCUGGGCCAAGUUCACCGAUUUCCAGCCUUUCUGCUGCUCCGAGUCAGGCCCCCGGUGUAGCUCCCCUGUGGACACAGACAGUGGUGACCACGUUCAGUCCAGCCCAGCCCAGGGCGUAGAGAAACCCGCUGCCCCGGAACCCCCUAGGGCCUGGAACACAGGUGUCCUCAGGACGAUGCCCCUGGGGGUCUCCAAUGGCAGCUCCGCCAGCACCUCAGACCAAGCAGAUGUCAAGCAGAGGGUAGGCGGUGUCCAGGACUGUGUUGGCUCGGGCUUCAGCCAGGAGACCCCCUUACAGGCCUCAGCAACCAUCACUCCAAGGGCCGAGCACACACCCAGUGCAGCGCCGGAGCCUGCAGCCCAGAGCCCCAUCAGUAGCUCUCCCGGAACUGUAGACAUGGCCCCUGUCCUCGCUGAAACCAGAGCCCCUGGAGCCCCUGCCGCUGCCACCACCGCACUGAGCAAGGCUCCAACCUCUCCUACUGCAUUGGCUGCGCAGUCUCCCCCAGGGCCCAUCAUGGCCCUCACCACAGUGGCCCCCUUGGGGACAAAGGACAGGAAGACUGAGGCCCCCCCGCCGGGAGGAGCCACCUCAAAUGGCCCUCUGUGA